CGGUUCGUUGCGCUUAGUUUGGAUGCGUCUGAACACUGACGUGAACGCUUAUUGACUUCAGUCUUUUCGUGAAACGAUUUACUUUCGCGUGGAAGAAACAGUCGUGCUCACGCGUCGAGAGAUCCACUUCUCUUUACGCAACAUUUUUUACAUAUAUAUGUAAUUAUACGUAUAAAAUAAUAAGAAGGACGUUAUGUCAUCGACCAACGGAAUUUCUUAUGAGGAGGAAAAGAAGAAGAAUCCAGAAUUAAAGGAUUCUGAUAUACAGAUCCUGAAAGAUUGGCACGCUAAACAACCACAUCUUCCGGAAAUCUCGGACUGCGAAUAUGUGCUGUUUUUACAGAGUAAUUAUUAUGGCACCGAAGCUGCUAAAAACACCAUCGAGGAAUAUUAUACGUCCAGAACUCAUAUAACGGAGUUCUUUUCCGAUAGAGAUCCGCUCGGAACAAAGCAGUUGCGAGAGGCGUUUAAAGUUACCUCACAGAUUACGCUGUCGAUGCGAACGAAGGAGCAAUACAAGCUUGUUUAUGUGAGACUAAUUGAUUAUGAACCAUCACAUUUUGUGCACAACGAUGCUAUAAAAUACUUUUUGAUGGUGAUGGAUCUGUGGCUGUAUACCGAAGGGACUGCUCCUGGUCAUGUAAUUGUCAUAGACAUGGAAGGUGUCACCCUUCCUCACGCUGGUCGUUUGAAUCCCAUCUCGAUAAAGAAGUUUCUUUAUUACUUACAAGAGGCUAUACCGAUCAGACUUAAAGGUAUGCACUUCGUCCACACCAAUGCUGUCAUGGACAUCAUUUUAGCGAUGAUGAAACCAUUCAUGAAGAAAGAAUUAAUGGACAUGCUCCAUAUUCAUACCACGAAAGACACGCUAGCAAAUUUUGUGCCGUUGGAAGCAUUUCCGUGUGAUGUAAGCUUGAGUGGAAAAAGUAAACCGUUAAAGGAACAACAAGAGGAGCAAUUAAAAAACCUAGAGGAUCAUCGUCAAUGGUUUCUAAAAGAUGAAGCCACGGGUCGCGUAAAUGAAUCUUUGAGAGUAGGCAAAAGCAAAACGAUAAUGGAUCUGUUCGGAGUCGAAGGAAGUUUCAAGAAACUCGAUAUUAUAUAUGGAGUGUCUCCGCGAUGUCUCGCGUCGUGUAGCAUGGAUUACUUUCAAUUAAUGCUGCAAGUUGGUCGUUAUCUACCGCUGAAGACCUACCUGAGCAUCCUUGGUCUUCGACAGGUCAUUUGUAAGUGUCGCAACGUCAUGGAAGUAUUACCUCCUCGGUACGUUAGCAUAGAAGAAGAAUGCAAGCGCAAUCCGGAGUUAAAACUUUCGGAUAUGGAAAUGUUGAAAGAUUGGAUGGACAAGCAACCUCAUCUACCAAAGAUCAAUAUGCUGUACUUGGUCAUGUUCCUGCACAGCAAUUAUUACCGUAUAGAGCCAACGAAACAAACGAUUGAUAAUUUUUUUACUGCAAGGACACAUACACCGGAAAUAUUUUCAAAUAGGGAUCCUGUCGCCCGGAAGGAACUGCGAAAGGCUUUCACCACUGCGGCAAUCGUACCAUUAAAAUAUGAAACCAAGGAGGGCUAUAUUGUAACGCUUGCUAAAUUUCUCGAUCCGGACCCAACUCAAUUUGAUUCCCUCGAAUGUUCGAAAUAUAUGCUUAUGACAUGCGAGGUGCAGAAUAUAGUAAGAGGUACCAGUAAAGGACUAGUUGUCGUUCUCGAUGCAGCAGACUUAAGCUUCGGUCAUGUUGCUCGCAUGGAUUUGAUGAAACUGAAAAAAAUGAUGUACUAUAUACAGGAAGCUGCUCCAGUCCGAAUAAAAGCCUUGCACAUAAUAAACACUAUGCCUGUAGUGGAUAGAUUGUUUAAUCUGAUGAAACCGUUUAUAAAGACGGAACUUUUGGAUCUCUUGCAUUUUCAUUCGAGCUUGAACACUCUGAUGGAAUGUUUACCUAUCGAGGCACUGCCAAACGAGUAUGGAGGGAAAGCGGGUCCUAUUCAAGAAAUAGUUGAUGAACAUAUAAAAUUACUAGAAGAAUUUCGCGACUGGUUUCAGUACGACGAACGGGUUGGACGGAGUGUAAGAGUCCAAAUCCUUGGCAACAUGUCUUCCAUAAAGCACAUUAUUUUGGAAGAAGAAAUGAAAAAAAUUCCUGAGCUAAAGAUGUCGGAUAUAGAAAUCCUCAGACAGUGGUGCGAGAAGCAACCGCAUCUGCCAAAAAUUCAGGACGUCGAAUUCGCCGUAUUUCUGCACUGUAAUUACUAUCGAAUAGAACCAACAAAGAAUACAAUCGAGAAUUAUUAUACUUUUCGGACACACUUGCCAGAAUUUUUUUCCAACAGAGAUAUGUUUAAAAAUAAGGAACUGCAAAGGAUUUGUAAAGUUGUGGCACAGGUUUAUUUGAAGGAAAUGACAAAGGAAGGUUAUAACAUCCAGUUUGGACGAUUCAUUGAUUUGGACCCUUCGCAUUACGAUUUUAAUAGUGCAGGAAACAUUGGUUUCAUGAUAAACGAAGAAUUUCUUUGGAACCACAGUUUGACACCUGGAUAUAUCUAUGUCGCCGAUGCCACUGGUCUCUCAUUUGGACACGUGGGACGUCUGAAUCCAAUGCAAUUAAAGAAAUUUUUCUCUUAUGUUCAACUGGCUUUUCCAGUGCGUCUAAAGGCGAUUCAUGUAAUAAAUAUAUCGCCAGUUGUCGAAAUAAUAUACAACAUGGUAAAGCCAUUUCUCCAGGAGGAACUUAUACAAUUGAUACAUUUUCAUCCGACUUUAGAGGACGCGAAGAAGUAUUUUCCCAUAGAUGCACUACCUAAUGAGUUUGGUGGGAAAGCAGGCCCCGUUAAAGAAUUAAUGGAGGAGCAAAUUAAGAAACUCGAAAAUUUCUGCGGAUGGUUUGUAGAAGACGAGAAGAUUAAUCGAGUGAACGAAUCAUUAAGAAUUGGAAAGAACGAAACCUCUAAUACCUUGUUUGGCAUGGACGGUACUUUUCGGAAAUUGGAUAUAGACUGACGAAAUAAUUCUUUCAGAUAUACACCGCGUAUGCACGCACGCGCACUUUCUCUCUCUUACCUAUAACACUAAUACAAAUAUAAGCAUUUUAUUUACUCAAUAAAUUUUGAUUUUAAUUACUCGCAAUAAUAUUGGGUUAAGAAACUAUUUUAUCGAGAAUGUAUUGCCUUUCACGCAUUACUUUCUCUCCUUUAAUACGAAUCUCGCUGUUCACGAGUGUUCGAAAAGAAAAUAAAUAUUUAAUAAUAUAUCAAUCAUAAUAUCAUCGUUAUAUGUUUACUUAAAUUUUAAUUACAAUUUUCUUCUCAAUAAUAAUUACUUAUGUUAGAUGUGACAUAUUUAUAUUUGUAGCGUAAACUGUAACUAUUAUCUUAUAUCAUAGUUUGCUAAAAACUUUUUCGACUCGAUCAAUCGUGUGCACAGUGUAUACAUAUAUAUACAUAUGUUACGUAUCGACAAUGUAAUAUAUUUGUUAAUUUUCCUUUUUAAGUGAAAUAUUAUUUUAAUGUAUGUUUUAGCAUUACGUAAUUUUUGACAUG